AAGAACCGCAAUCAAUCCGUUGCUUCACCAGCACUUUUCCGCGCCAUCACCAUCAUCAUUCAACAAAUGGAUCUCACAAAGAUGGAGAUGAAAAGUCUCUCAGAUGCUACCUACAUAGUAUCACAGUCUGGUCCAAAAAACCGAAAGACCGCCACAUAUUACACUGUGACAGCUUCUGUUCAUCCAGAUCCUGCGGAUUUAUUGACACAUGUGGGGUCAAAGAGGAGGAACACAGAAGUCUCUUCAGGCAUCUCUAUGAAAAAGUGUAGCAUUUGCCAGAAAGAGUUUGAGACCACCGAUGCACUUAAUACACACCUCUUGAUGCAUCAACAAAAGCUUCAGACCUGUGGCGUUUGUCAUGGAGUGUUCAAACAUGAUCAGCUCAUGUCCCACAUGUUGACCCACCAGAAAAAGAAGACUUACUGCUGUACUCAUUCUGGCUGCCGCAAAACCUACAACAACCUAAACUCCCUAAAAAAUCACUGUGUCAUGCGGCAUGGGGUCCACAACAUAUCUGCUUCUCUUGGCCAUCCGGUGUCACACUUGGAUGAUCAUGCGAUGUCAACGCAACAUUCGUACACUAGAGAUAUGAGUGGUCUCCUCAUCUCGCCACCCCAAAUGCCAAAAGGUCCCAGUAAUGCCCAAGGGAAGUAUCCCCCUCAGGUAAAACUUUCAAAAAAGCGCAGAGAAAGUUGGACAUUAUUGACAGCAGGUAAAUCUUGUGAGGUCACAGAAAGAGAGAUGUUUACCAGCACCCAUUGGGCCUCAUCAAGAAGACCAUGCGAUGGAGUUGAUACUCCAUUAAAUGUGGAUGAUUUUGAAAGAGCUUCUGAAUUACCUGAAUCUCCCUCCGAAGAUUUGCUACUCAUUCAACCAAGCAAAGCGACAGCUACCACAAGUGUGAGAUCUACUACAUCCGAGGACGUCUGUUCCAGUAUGCCAAAACACAGUUUGAGCAAGUUAAAACGACAUCACUCGUCUUCUGUGGUUAUUCAUUCUCCUUUAUUAUAUCCUGAACCAGAGAGUGAUUUUGGUAGUGACUUUCCUGACCAUGUAAUUCCUCCAUCUCCUCCCGGCCAUGUAAUCCGUACCAGUUCUCCUAAGCCUUUGCCCAAAAACAGGAAAAGGAUUUACAGCUCUAAGGACUCCAAGGAAGUCCUGUCUGAUGUUCCUGCCUCUUCUGUUCCUGAGACCAGGCCUAAACCUUCACAAGAAGACUCUCCACACCUUGUCUCAUUAAGUCAGGUAGCAUUGUCGUUCUACAGCACAUCCCCAGGCAACCCAAAGGAGUCUACUAAGAAGCCGAGAAGAAAGGAACAAAACUCUUGUAACAGAACAUAUACAAGAAGUCCAGCUGCACCUAAAACUCGAUCGCAGUCCUUAUAUGACUCCUGUGGAAAAAUGGAGGAGAACAUCUCACAACCGUGUUUCUCAACACAGGUGGAUGAAGGACAAAGGGGGGCUACAGGAAAAAAAUCCAAAACCAAAAACCUGUCUCCUCUGAUCAUUCCUGUCUCCGUUCCAGUCUUGCCAACAAAGGCUUCGAGCUCAAGUUCAUCCUCACAUCCGGGACAGAAGCCGCAGUCCGGUAAAGGCCUGUCUAAGAAGUCUCGUCAUCUUCCCCCGUUGACCAUCUCAAGUCCACUUCCGCCUAGCAUGUCCUCCCCAAAAUGCACCACUGAUCAUGAAACCCAGACUUCGCACAGAUGUGGUACCACAGAGGGUCACCCCAGCCAGCUCCGCUCGCCUACAUCUUCGGCAGGACAAUGUGCGAGCCCAAGAGUUUGUCCACCUUCCUACACCCCUCCACCAAUGCUGAGUCCUUACCGUUUGGGGACUGCACACUACACCCUGCUUCAGCAGUACCCAGCUCCAUCCAGCGUCUGCAAAGCCAUCCAUAAUGAUGUCUCCUUAUCAAUCGACAACACAGUUGUCACCAUAAAGCCGAGGAUUAACAUCGGUUCGCGUUUUCAGGCAGAAAUCCCUCCAGUCCGUGACACGCUGUACAUGUUGUAUGAAGAACAUCCCGCUCAACUGGUCUGGGCCCCUUGGAAAGAUCUCACUACCAACAAGAAGACACAGAGGAGGGUCACAGACCUGUUAGAUCUGUGCUGUUCCAGUGUACUUAAAGGAGGGGGCACCAACAUCGAACUUGCCCUCCACUGCCUUCAUGAAGUACAAGGAAACGUCUCGGCCGCAUUGGAUUUGCUUUUAAUGAGAGAAGAUUUUCUGACCUCCAGGCACCCUCUGAACGAUUACCACUACACGGGGUCAGACCACUGGACAGAUCAAGAGAUGAGACUAUUCAGGAAAGGUCUUGAAGACCACGGCAAAGACUUUCAUAAAAUUCAUCUUCUGUUGCAAACUAAAUCAGUGGCUCAGUGUGUGGAGUAUUACUAUAUCAUGAAGAAGCUGAAAAAGUUCAAGAAAUGUGAACAAGGUGCAGAUCAAAAAGAUGGUGGAGAGACCCCUGUGUUCCAAGGUUCCCAAGAGUCACUGCCUGAGAGGAGUAAAGGAAACCCAAGAAAGAGAAACACUAAAGGGUCCAGUAUUUGGAAGAGAUGUCCAUGUGAAGAGCCACAGCUCCAGCUCAUUUAGGACAAAGACUGACUACCUCCAGGCCAAAAAGACUAAGUAGUGUAUGCAGUUGAGUUCGUAAUCCAAAUCAGAUGAUCAAAGGUAUUGGAAAUUAGUUGCAUAUUUUAACUAGAAUUUAAAGUUAAAGUUUUGAUACAAGUAUGAGAAGUUUCAUAAAGGUUCUCUGUUCGAAUGCUAAUAAAUGGUUAAAUGUACUUAUUUGGGAUUUAUGUAACAGUGAAACAGUUUCCCUAAUUCAUCUGACCAGUUACAAAAAGUUUUUUUAUUAUUAUUUGCUUUUUUGUUUUUGUUCUGUUCAGUUUGAUAUUAAGCCUGUGUUACCAUAAAGAUUAUAAUUAGGUCAGAGAAUGCUUGUAAAGCGUAAACUCAUUCUCCUGUUUGUUAAUCCGUUUUAUACAAUUUAAUUUCAUUUUCAAUAAAACAAGACCAACUUAAAAAAA